CUCUCUCCCCUGGAAACAUAAUCUCAAUAAAAAUGAGAAUAAUAACUGCCUGCUACUGCCUUCUUUGUGGUAAGUGUACACAUUCAAUUAUUUUGCAUCUGCACUGACAAGUACCUUUUGUCUUUUAGUUUUAUGGACAGAAUGCAUGUGUUUGAAAGUGCAACGGACAGAGAGGGAGGACGUCACCUUCAACUGUUCACACAAGAAUGCAUACGGUAACAGAAAAUACUUCUGCAAAAGGACUUGCGCGGGCAAGGACGUGCUUGCAGCAGUAAAGGCUUCUGGUUCAGUGGAGUCAGGAAGAAUUCACUUGAAGGAAUCGUCUGGAGUUUUGGAAGUGACCUUCACAAAUCUGAAGGUGUCGGACACAGGGAAGUACUGGUGCGGUGUGGACAGGUUCGGUGUUGAUACGUACAUCGAAGUGAAUCUAAACGUAAAAGAAGCUCCUCUUCAGACAACCGUUGCUCCCACAACUUCAACUGUGUCACUUGAUGUGUCCACCACGUGGACAUAUGCCCCGACGACAAACGCCACUGAAACCAUGUCAUCCCCAUCACCAGAGGACCCGGCCUCACGCUGGCCAACAGAGGCCCUGCUAUAUGCUGCGUUCGGGGCCGCCGGACUCAUCGUCUUGUUGGUGCUGGUUGUCUGUGUCAGGAAGUGCAGACCCAAACGCAAACCACAGGCUGUUGAUCCGGGCUGUGCAGAGUCGAACAGUGCAAGCGAGAAUGACUACGACGAUAUUGGCCUGGUCUUGCGCCCAGUUGCACAUGUUCCCAGUGGCAUAACCAGACAUCACAACCCCAAACAAUAUCAAUGUAGAUCGCCGUACAUCUUGGCAUCGUGGAGCAAAAACGGCGCCUCAGCUCAAUCCUCAAGCUCAAGCUUCCCUUCUUCAACUCGCAAACAUCAUCCAGAGUCAGCUCCACCUCCCAUCGUACCUAGAGGCCCCAUUGAUGACUAUGCAAAUCUACCAUCUACUCCGGCAAACAAAACCAGACCACGAUACAGUUUCCAAAGCAAAGUUUCUACCUGGGAAUCAAAGGACUUGAGGGUCGUGCCAGUUGCUGUGGGUCGCCGUGAAAAAUCGUAAUUGAAUGGAUAUUCAGAAAAUGGCAUCCAACAUAUUGGUGUUUCUUUUUUGUGCAUGCUGAUCUGUAAUUCUAUGCAUGUAAUGACAGAAGUGCUGGAAACGCAUCUUUCCAUGUGAAAAGCUUGGUCAGAAUGAAAUUUCGUUUGCAUCGAGGGGGUGGUUUAUUCACAUUGUUGAUCAGACAGAUGUCCGAUCUUCGCGCCAUGAACUGACUGAAGCAGUACGUGCAUCUGGAGUGCCGCUGCGUCCGCGUGAACAAAACCACUUGCUGCUGUGGGCGAACGUCCAAACAAUGUGACACAAAUGCGCAAAAGACAGAUAUGAAUAAAUGAAACAGACUGAGGUAAAUAGCCCUCAUCUCAUGUGUAGCAUUUAAGUAAAGGUGCAAAUUCUUCAGCAAAAUAACUCAGUUUCAGUUAACGUCCCCUACCGCCCUAAUACUCUUUUUUGACCCUAACACUCGGUUUUGCGUGUUCACAUGUGUAAGUGUAGUGUGUCCCAAUACUACUAAGACCGGGAGCACUCGCCGUUCACCACCUGAAAUGAUCCCUUCAAACCGAGGAAGCUCCGGAGCUGACGUGAAACCAAGUGGGAAUAUGAAGUGUGGAUAGAUUUACAGGAUACCAAAGUACUUUGUUUAAAAGGUACUCUGUUUGUUUACUUUCUCUUGUAUCAAACGUUAGCGACCCAAAUGGUCUACUGUG